AUGGCGGAAGCGCCACGUAAUCUGCAGUUGCCUUCAGGUUAUGACGAGGAGUUUGCCGAUGAAGUAGAAGAUGAUUUUCUUUGCUUAAUUUGUCAUUUGCCAAUGAGGGAGCCUGUUCUUACCAGAUGCGGUCACAGAUUUUGUAAUGCAUGCCUUGAGGAACAUUUCAGAAGGUAGGCCUAAAUGCCCGCAUUCUACUGAAAGUUGAGUGGUAAAGUAACUUUCAUUCCAAACCUUUAGUUGACACCUUAACGAAAAACUGAAGCACUGGUGCGCUUUCCAUUGAACACCUCGAUCUGAGUAAGAACAUAUCAGUUGACGGAAAGUCAGCAACCCUUAUUUACUAAUGCAAACAACAGACACCUUAGCAGCUUAAUCGAUUUAUUAGACGAAGGCCUUGUCUCUCAAAUUUAGAUUUCAAAUAGAUUAAAACUUUAUCUGAUACAUCCCACCCAGCUGAUGAUGACCGUUAAAUUAUGUUACUGACGCACAAGUUACUUAAGGUUGUUUUCUUUUAGCAAACUUUUGAAAUUACAAAAUGUGUCUCGUUUCAGUAAAUUGGAGACAAGUAGCCAUUGUUCGAAGUUAUUGAUCUGCUCCAGCAAAGCAUAAAAACUUGUCAAUUUUUGAAAUGUCUUGAAUUCUGUGGAUUUUAGGCUCGGCAAAUAAAAUCAGCCACAAGUUAGUAGAAAGAAGUUUUGUGAUGGAAUUAAUUAGUAACUAUGUAUCAAUCGAUGUUCCUGUUAAUUCUUAUUAAAUAUAGUCAAUUAAUCGUAAUUGUCUCUUACACUGCAAAAUAACAGACAGGAAGUUCAGCGCCAGCUUUACUCUUGUCCUGCAGAUAGGAAACGCCUGGACCGAGACCGGGUAAAUCACUUUCGUUUGCUUUUUACCUUCUUACGUCUGUUUUCAAUAUGUUUUUGGUCUUAUUAACUCUUUUAAGGCUUACAUGUAAACUAAAUUACAUAGGCGGAGUCGAUCGGAACCAGCUGUUACAAAGUUUCGAAACAAAGGUUCCAGAUUUUUCAAGCUCUUAAGGACAAGACCAGUUGCAUACACGUUCUCACACUUUACCCACAUGGCAAUGUUUUCUAUUUAGAGCAAUAAGGAAAUUAAGAGCAUUUCAGAAAUUUCGAGCACGGCCAUCUUCGAGUCUCAAUAAUGAUAUUGAUAAUGAUGAUGAUGAUGAUUAUGAUAAUGAUAGCAGUCUGUUAAUUUGGCUCAGGUAUUUCUUGCGAAGAAUAAUCUUGCACUGUUUGUUUAAUUCCGUUUUGUUUUGUACUUUAGGAUGUUUUUCCUGAUAAUGCAGCAAGAAGGAAAAUUUUGUCUUUGGUGAUUAAAUGUCCAAGUGACGGUUGUUCGUGGACUGAUGAACUGAGGAAUAAAGAGGUAAAAACCCAAAAUAACAAUUAUAUUCAAGGUGCAAUGGAUUUCAACAUUUAACCAGGAUUUAACCAAGGAAAGAAGAUCACUUUUUUCUUUCUUUUUUAUAUAUUUUAUUGCUUUUAACAGGCUCACCUGGAAACCUGCCAGUUCAAAAUUGUUACUUGUACCAACGAAAAUUGCACUCAGAUAAUGAAAAGAGAAGAACUGGACAAUCACACGAAAACGUGCGUGUGGAGUAUUAUGCCGUGUAUGUACUGUAAAGAGAAACAACCAAGGAAGUACUUGCAGGUAUGAAGUUAUUAAAAAUUGCAGAUCUUUUGACAAUGUUCUUCUUCCGGGGGGCAACUCGUAAAGUUUAAACGGGGAUGCUCCGCCCCAAAGACAAACCCCUCACCCUUAUGACGGAAAAGGUAUCCCUUUGUAUACCUUCUAUGACAAAUGGUACUCCUUUCACAUAAAUGGUAUACAAUUAUGCAUUCCUUAACUGCUUUAAAUACACUAUAUUUUAAAUAGGAAUCAUUCACAAAUGCAGAACGUUUUCUCGACUAUUUCGCAGCCAUGAAGUGCAUCUGUGAGCCCUUUUGGGCCUUUCUACAGUCCUUUCUACAGUCCUUUCUACAGUCCUUUCAUAUACCUGAGGCCUAUACAGAAGACACUCUUUUCGGGCGGAGCCUCCCUGUAUAGGCCAUUACAGCAAGUACCCCCGGGUUUGUUCUUCAACCUUGCGCCGUAGAGAUGGGAUUCCCCCUUUCGUUUGUUCUUGACUUAGCCUUGUCACCUGUCGGCGUAGCGUGUUCUCCAAACGCGCGACACCACAAUUAAACGUCUUUAGCAACUGUUUUCUUUAUUUUCUGUUUUUACAUUAAAGUAGAAAAAAGAGCAAGUAUACGAAACUAAGAUGAUAUUUACUCAGCUUCAAAUGCAGUACAGCCCACACAAAGUGGCUUUUGCAAAAUAUAAAUGGUGACGGCAAGUAAGCAUUUCACCUCUCUUAGACACAGGAGAAAAAUAUAUACUGGUCAGGUCUAAAACUUUGAAGUAUUUUUUACUGUGUACACUAAAAUUGCUGUCGGCUUACUGCGGUUAACUGAAGACGUUGUCUUACAGUCUUAGUGUGUAAAUAAUUAUUUGUCUUUUUGCAGGAUCACCUUAAAACGUGCAUCAAGAUGCCCAUUCCUUGCCCUAACAGCUGUGGGAAAGAGAGAUACGCGAGAGACAUGGUAAUUUUAUUUAAUUGCAGUUUGUGGCAGACUCCCUUGAUCUUCAUGAUGAGUAACGCUCUAAGCCAUGUCUUGUCUUUCCAUUAGUUUUCAUCGUUUCAUAUUGAUCUCCCUGCAUGUUGUACAAAAAAAUCCUUUUUGUGCUUGCAUACUUAAAAUUUACAGCUAUUCCAGCUAACGUUGUCACAUAUCAAGGUCACACAACACCGCAAGACCACAAGAUCAUGUGGGUAGCUGUAAAUACAUUAUAACUGAUUUUGUCAUAACUUUACGUUUGCUACUGCUUUAGAAUAGUGCAAAACCUUACAAACGUUUACCUUCAAAUGAAAUUUCAUAUUGCUUGGCGGCCUCGUCGCUGUCAGGUUUUUAUGAAAACGUUAUUUGAUAUAGCGGUUUCAUAAUUAGGCGAACUGUGAAUAAUACAGUUCAACAUGGUCGUCUCCUUGCAGCAUAUGACUGAACAAAGUGAAUGGAAAAAAAAAGUAAUGAAAUGAGAAAUGCAGGCCUGACCGUUCUUUGUGUCGUCAAGCAACGCUGCUGGUUACGUGACGUCAAAGAGGCGUCGAGAACCAUACAGAGGAGGAGACAAGCGUAACGGGUAUUAGAAGCCUUAACUUUCCUUUGAAACACCUUUCUUUUAAUUCAGACCUGAUCUUCUCUUGGUAAAAGAAAAAAAAACUUUGUAUAAAAGGUUAUGCUAAGCGUUGGCUUUUGUUUUGCGUCAGUUCUGAUAACCUAUUUAUCAUUUUAUUUUAGAUUCGUAAUCACAUUGAAAACGACUGUCGGUUGACUUUAGUCUCCUGCCCAUAUGCUCAAAUGGGGUGCAAUCAACAGGUUUGUUUUUCAUUCCAUGAAAUUGUAAAUUAAGCGGACUGAAAUCAUAACGCAUUGUACAUGAUCAACGGUCUGCCAAAAACUUUAAUUCCUUCAUCAUUUGUCUGUAUCAGACUCUAUUUGUCUCCUGACACUCAGACAAUUACUAUGCAAACAGACCUAUAUUUUGCAAAAUGUAUGAAUACAAAUAACAGUUUUGGUUUAUAAUACCAUUUUCUAAGAUUAUCUGACUUCUUUCUACAGUUCCAGCGCAGAAACGUGGAUUCGCAUCUUGAGUCAGCCACGCGAAAGCAUCUUUACUUGGCUUGUGUUAAACUUAACAGUUCACAGGCUCAGCUGGUUGAACAACGGGUUCAGUUAGAUGAGACCCGAGUUCAGUUAGAUGAGACACAAGCUCAAUUAAGUUCAACCCAGGCUCAGUUAAAAAAUACCCAAGAAACAACAAGAAAACUUGAGGAGAAAUUAGAGGCUCUUCAGACGCAA